UUUUAAUGCGCGAUUUGAUGACGUAAUGUUGAUUGUCGAUACGCGAAAUGGCGAGCAUGCUAACAGGGCCGUUAUUCGCUACAGUCUGGAUUCAUACUAUGAUAUUUCCCGCUGUGUUGUGGUAUCAGAAUGAAUAUCCAGACGUAUUUUGUCCUCACAAGAAUCAGGUAAAUGAUGGCAUCUGAGGUGGACGGAGGCAGUGAGUUCCCAGCUCAUUAUAAAGUCAUGUUGGACAAACUAAAUGAACAACGGCAGUUGGACCAGUUCACAGACAUUACCUUGAUUGUGGAUGGACACCAUUUCCGAGCCCAUAAAGCAGUGCUAGCAGCAUGCAGUCAGUUUUUCCACAAGUUUUUCCAGGAUUUUACUCAGGAGCCACUCGUUGAAAUAGAAGGGGUGAGUAAUGCUGCAUUCCGCCAGCUGAUGGAGUUUACUUAUACAGCCACACUCUCUUUGUCCGGAGAGCAGGAGGCCAAUGAUGUCUGGAAGGCUGCCGAAUAUCUUCAGAUGCAGGAAGCCAUCAAGGCUCUUGACAACAGGAUAAAUGGCAGUCACUCGCUGACAGAGACGAAUAAAGGCAAAAAGAGGAAGAUUGCUGAGACCUCCAAUGUGAUUACAGAAACUCUACCGUCAGUAGAAGGAGAACAGGUGGAGAUACAGGUGAUAGAGGAAGAGGCUAUUGAGCUGGAGGAAUCAGGACUAGAAGAAGUGAUCGGUGCAGCAAAGAGCGCACAGCCUGUGUCAGAUGAGUCUGCUUUGGCACUUCUUGCAGAUAUAACCAGCAAAUACCAGCAAGGUGAACCUGCACUGCAUGUGAUCAAGAAGGAAGUAUUAGAAGAGGAUAUUGUGUAUCAGGAAGAAACGGUGACUGCCUCCAAGGCUCUGGAGAAUGUUGAAGUUGUAGAGGUCCAGAUAUCCCAAGUAGACCACAUGUUUCGCUGUACCAAGUGUGACCGCGCCUUCAAGUUGUAUUACCACCUGAAGCAGCAUUUGAAAACGCAUCUAGGCUCGCUGGAAAAGCCUUAUGUGUGUAACCACUGCGGUAAAGCCUACACGCGAGAGGCUGCCUUGAAACAACACAACAGCGCAUUUCAUUUUGAUGCGGAGGAGCUGCCUCAUAACCUGCGGCCCCAAAAGAAAGUACAUGUGUGUGAAUACUGUGACAAGAAUUUUGACCACUUUGGCCACUUCAAGGAGCACCUGCGGAAGCACACUGGUGAAAAACCGUAUGAAUGCUCAGUGUGCCAUGAGCGAUUUGCUAGGAACAGCACACUGAAAUGCCACAUGGCCGUCUGUCAGGAUGGAGUCGGAGCCAAGAAGGGACGCAAGAAAAUCUACGAAUGUCAGGUAUGCAGCAGCAUAUUCAACAGCUGGGAUCAAUUUAAAGACCACCUCAAGAGCCACACGGGACUCAAACCCAACCACUGCACCAUGUGCGACAUGUGGUUCACCCAUCCUAAAGACCUGAGCACACAUCUAAAAGAUGUUCAUACCAUGGAUGAUACAUCAGUAGAAGAACUGGUCAUCUCUGACGCAGCACCCACUGCUGCCCUCACCAUAGCAGCACAGAACUUAGAAGGGGAAACAGUCCUGUUGGAUGAUGGGAUCCAGGUGGAGCAUGUAACUGUGGAGCCCAUUGACCUGAUGGAGAUGGAAGAGGGUGCCACAGUCGUGGUGGAGGAUGGAGUGACAGAGAUGUGUGAGGAGGACGUGGAGAGAUUAAAGCAGGCCGGCAUGCAAAUACAGGUGCUGCACGUGACCACUAGUGAGGUUGAUGGGCAGCAGGUGGUGAAGUCUGAGAUAAUAGAAGCGAUAUCAGAACAGACUGUGACUGUAGAUGAAGCAGAACAAACUGUGGCAGUAUCUUAAAUGAACAACAGAAAGCUGCAUGUCACCUUUACGUGCUUGUCUGUCUGCCCUCACUUUCACUCUGGA